AUGGCCAUUCGUCGCUUCGAGUAUACGCCUACACCAACCGAUGAGAGGAGUGUGACGGAGCAGUCAUGGAAGACCAUUUCGCAGGUCAAGGUUGCCGAGAAAAAGGGGGAAGGCGGCAUCGAUCGAAAACCGACAUUGAUCGAACGAUGGACGCAACCCUCGGCACUAGGACUGUCAGAUCCGGUGAACUGGAAACCACUGUCCAUGACGGCGCCCAUUCUCUCAGCUAUUAUCAUCAUUACUCUGCUCAUGAUCGUCGGUAUCGAGCUUCUUGCUCAGAAGAGUGCGCAACAGGGCGGGCUGGCAUUGUCCCCCUCGCUCGAUGAGAUACCCCAAUGGGCCAGGAUAUCAUCCGAGUAUGUCCCUCAGGUGCUUGCGGUCGCAUACAGCUUGGUGUGGAGUUGGGUGGACUUGGACGUCAAGCGCAUGCAGCCGUGGUUUGAGAUGUCGAAGCCAGAGGGCGCUCUGGCCAAGGACUCAUUGUUGCUUGAUUACCCUUUCACCUUUGUGGCAUUUGUCCCCUUUGUGGCCGCAAAGCGAAAGCACUGGCUGGUGUUCUUGUCCGGAACCGCCAUGGUUUUGAUCUUCUGGGCAAUUACCCCGUUGCAGUCGGCUCAGCUAGGUACCAAUGAGGUCAAGCUCACGGAGACUCGCGACCUUGAUGCCCGAGCUCAGUUACUUCCAAUUGCUGAGCAGAGAGAUGUUCUUGACUCCAAGAUCCUACACACAGGCUAUGCUAUUGCCUGGUUGGAGCAGCAAUAUCCACCAUUCAUGACUCCGACUGAAGCCUUCCUACCUUUCUAUGCUACCAAAAAUUCACCGGUACAGCCAGGGGCCAGCUGGACCGCGGAAACAACACGCUUGACCACCGAACUUGACUGCUGGCCUGCGGAAAUCAUGCGCAACACCUUUUCUGGUGGCGAAACGAGCAACACGCACGACUUCCUGAACGGUCAAGGUUACAUUGACCCGUUCUCCAAGGACACUGGACCUUAUAAUAUCACUGGGUUAUUCUGCCAAACGAGCUACUUCAAGCAGCAGGUGCUACUAACCGUCGACGCGAACACACACAAACCAGUUGAAAACACUGUCGAGACGAUUGGAGCUAAAGAGAUCUUGUCAGGCAACGAAUUCAACACAGACGUUCUCCGCGACAGCCCGCAGAUGGUGAACCUCCUUUGCUCAGCAGACAAUGGAGACAAUGGCUCCUUAGCCCAAGUUCUCGGCAACCGCAGGUUUCGACUUGCUUGGAACGAAGCUGCCGAGACUUCUGAGAUUCGGGUCAGCAGCGAAGGGGAAAUUCUGGUAGCAAAGGCGGAACAAAAGGUGGGAGACGUCUCUUAUCCCCCUGUCAAGCCAUCAGCCCUGAAGCUCGAGUCCGGUUUUGCCUUCGUAGUCGCGGUUCUUGGUAUGCUUGGAGGACUCAGCUAUUUGAAAUGGGCCGAAAUGAAGUUCAACGUCUUCUUGGCAAAUAUUCUGACGAUCAGCUUGCCGGCCGUUUUCCAAGAUCAAAGCGUCAUGGCACAUCAUCCUGAGGUCUUCUACGCGACAAUGGCGCCAGUCUAUGACAACGACGCAGCUUCAAAUUUUCGACUGAGCCUGGUGAACUUCACUGUCACAUCGUUCUACCAUGAUCACAUGGUUUCGGCAUUAGCAAAUCUGUCAAGCGGGACACCUUUGCCGCCUUGGGUGACGCACGACUACUUCUUCCAAUCAUGGGAGAUCGACAAAAAUGCGAAGCAAAUGGGUACGGGGGUUUAUUCCUUCCGGACGCGUGGAUUCGGCAUCGAGAGCAAUUGUACAUCAAUCGCUUCGCACGCCUUUCCUCUGCUUCCUGAGUACAAGUUCCCAGACAAGUCCGCGCACACUGAAUGUCCCGAUACACUGGCCGUCGCAAGGAGCAAGAUGCGUUAUUCAGAAUCGACCCUGUCCAGAGGAGCUUCCGCAGGGGAAUUUUCCGGUACCGGAACCGAUGUGAUCAACAUGGGUGCCCAUCUGGAAUGUGACAAGAGUCUGAUCCUCGGUUGGGCGAGGACGAAUAAGACGGCUGACAUAAACGGGACUAUUGAUGGGAGUUUCGCCAUCUGUCAGCCUUUUCUACAGACGGCGGUUUUUGAUAUCGAAGUGGAUCAAGAAGGCUAUGUCCAAGGGUACAAGGCAGUGGAAGAUGCAGAUGACGUUUCUACAGCUCUGGAAACUUUGGACGACAGCGCGGGCUUGUUGGCCAACGUCAAUCUCAUACUGGGCCAAGGACCCGGGGGCUGGCAUAACGACACAUUAACAAGGGAUUGGAUCAGCCAUCUAAUGACGGUCAAGUCAGGCUCAAGGGCUUUUCUCGAUGCAGAAGAACCCGUACCGGACCCAGACGAAAUGAUAGAGGUAUUUGAUCCCAUCUUCAGGAGUCUAGUCGCACUUCUCAUUGCGUUCAAUCGAUCAUUUUUGUUUCCCGCGCCGAACGCGAGUGACAAGGUCGAUGGCCAUCGGCGUCUCCCGGAAACCCGACUUUUCAUGGAACAGGGAGCUUUCGUCACGAGCAUGGUCUUACUCGGUGUCAACAUGGCCAUCGCAGUUGCAGUGUACACGCGUGGCUCGGCCCCUGCGCUGCCUCGCUUACCCACCACGAUCGGGUCCAUCGCUGCUUAUAUCGCCCCAAGCCGGCAGCUGACUGAGAAGAGCCACGAUUCGACGGCAGAUACGGCGGCAUCCACGUACAGCUUCGGGCGAUUCGUAGGUCACGAUGGCUCCCUCCAUGUGGGCAUUGAGAUGGAUCCGUACGUCGUACCGAUCGUACAGUCGUCUCCGGGGAAGCAUGCUAGGAAAGGCUGCGGUCUGUUCAGUGCAAAUGUGGCUCGAUAA